AUCCAAUCAUUAAUUAAAAAAUCUGAUUAAGCAAGUCUGUAACCGAUGCCUCCUAAGUGGUCGAGGGAUCCGAUAGCUUAGGCGUAAGAACAAUUGCGUUAUUCAGGAGAUUAACAACAUGCUUCUAUUUGAGGGACUAUCUGCGUUUGAAUGCAUGGGAAUUUAGAACAAACAUCCAAGAGAUUUCCUGACUGGGUUUUUAUUUGAAUAAGGGACAAAGUUAUGUACAAAUAAAAAUCUGUUUAACUCUGGUCAUCAUUGGUAAACACAACCCUGACAAUGGCAGAGACCUGAAGAAAAAGCUAUUGUGCUCCGAACAGCUGUGGUGCGUGGAAACAUCUUCGUAUACAAUGCGGAGGUGUUAUUGAGCACAGAAAGUGACAGAUGACGCGUGAACGGAUUAGGUGCGCGGACCAUGAAGACUAACAGAAUACCACUGACUAGCAUUAUCUGUGUAUUUUCUGUUUUUACUUUCAUUAUCCAAAUACUGAUUCUUCUUCAUAGCAAUUCCUAUGCUGUAUACAAAUGCUCAACAUGGAUUAAUAGUGAAAAGGUAACAGACUCCAGAUAUCAACAAAAAGCUUACAAUCUGGUGUCAUACAAGGAUUAUCUUAACAAGCCCUCAUCAGAUUUGACAAAACUUCAUUCUGCAUGGCGAAAAGAAGCUACUUUAUUCCAAAGAGUCCCAGAGCAGAAAAGAUAUUUGACGAUUGGUAUCCCCACAGUUAGACGAGUGGGAGACGAGUACAUAAUGAAAACUAUCAAAUCCAUAGUUAACUUCACGAGGACAGAAGAACUCAAGGAAAUCUACAUAGUGAUUUUUCUUGCAGAUUUUAAUGAAACUUGGAGGGCAGACAUUAGCGGAAGAAUCAAGAAAUCAUAUUCAAAUCUAAUAACGUCUGGAACUCUUAUUGUAAUUAGUUCCUGGGAAUCGUUUUAUCCCCCAUUAGAUAAUCUAAAGCAUACUUACAAUGAUAAUGAUGACAAAAGGAAAUGGAGAUCAAAACAGAAUGUGGAUUAUGCUUUCAUUUUCUUAUAUAGUCAAAACUUAUCAACAUAUUACAUUCAAAUGGAGGACGACAUAUUUACAGUUCCUGGAUAUCUGCAAGUAAUCAAAGAUUAUGUUUCGGAGUUCAAAACGCCAUGGACAUGUUUAGAAUUUUCAGAACUUGGGUUUAUCGGUAAACUUUAUCAUUCGUACGAUCUGGAAAAAUUAGCCAAGAUGGUGUUAUUAUUUUAUGAAGAACAACCGUGCGACUUUACGUUUUUAUAUUUCAACCUGCAGAUGCUACAGUUUACUCGCUACAUUCGUCGUCCCACCAUAUUUCAGCACGUUGGAAUUCGAUCAUCACUUCCUGGAAAAAUUCAACCUUUAAAGGACAGAUAUUUUGACAAUUUAGACAAAUCAUAUAAGGGAGAUAACCCUCCCGCAAAAAUCUACACAAACAUGGACAUCGAACCGUCGUUCACUCCAGAGAUGGCUUACAGCAGGGAACCAGGUUAUUUUUGGAGUAAAGGCAAUGGGAAAGCAAAUGACUGGUUCACAGUCGUGUUCGAUGAACCUCAGAGAUUGGAUAGUAUAAUUAUAGACACUGGGUCACGUGAACACCCAGAGGACAAAAUCGAACACGGUAAACUACAGGCCAGUCUAAGUUUAGUGAGUGUAUCCUCGUCUCAACCUAAGUGUACAAAUGAUAUACUUUUAGGAUACUUUGAAAAUGGGGAUAUUAAAGUGGGAAAUUUGACAUCAACUCUCGGUCCUUUUAAGAUUCAUUGUGUGAGUAUCAUUUUAACGGAAACACAGAGUUGGUGGAUAAUCAUCAAAGAAAUAGCAAUCUUUGUGGCAACGUGAUAGAUGUUUUUUUUCGUAUAUAAUAAAAUGAUGAAACAAAAUACAUUUUGCACAUUUACAUUGCUUUAUCGGUAACUCGUUUUAUUCAACUACAUGUAGUUGUGUGAUUACUUCUCUACCCCCUUGCAAAGGCCCAGGGAAAGGAAACACAUCAUGCAUUGAAUAAAAACCAUAUUUGGGUAAUAAUUUUACAAAAUGCCUCGUUGAAGUUAGAUUUCGGAUUAGUUAUACAUUUGUAUUUUUAAAAUUUGUAUAUCAGAGGCAACAGUAACAAAGUUAGGAGGAGCGUGUGGAUCAUUUUUGUAUCUGUGCACACCAAAGGAGGAGCGAAUCUUUUAUGUCUUUGUGCAUGCUGAAGAACUAAUAAGGAGGG